CAGUUGAGUUGGGGCGGGGGAAACAAUUUGAGGAUACAGCCUUGGAUUUUUUUCCUGACGUUUUCUUCUGCUGUAGUGAUGCAGUCUCGGCGUGUUGCUGUUACUUUUCACUCUCCGCUGCCUGCUCGCUACUACUGGGGUUACUGAUUCGACUGAGCCGCUGGGGGAGAGCAGCUGCGGUGCCGCUGCCACGAGGGAUGAGCGGUUAGACCCGCAACGUGCAGGAGAGCGGAGGGCAGAGGCUGUCCCGGACACGGACUGGGCGAUAGCUGGCCAGGAGGGAUCGUCCCUGCAACUAACACAUUGAGCCCUCUGAAAAGCUUCACAGAUCUCGUCACAUUCUUAACUCCUGCAUAUAAACUGAGUAUACCAAUGCUUGUAUGGCAAACCGACAAUCGCUGGGAAUCAAUCCCUUGAAUCGUUACUGCACUUGGAAUGGCAAGUCCUUCUCUAAGCGAGUUGAAAUAAAUGCCUGUCUGCACCAUGUACCAGAUGUGGGAUGUGAUACUUUUGCAUGUCUGGAAAACACAACCUGUAAACUAGAUGACAACUCGUAUGAAAUCUGCAGAGACUUUCUUCAGAAUGCAGGCAACUUUGAUGUACAGGAAAAGCUAUUCAUCAAAGACUUCCUGAAGUGCAGUGCCAUUGGGAUCAAGUCCAGAUUCAGCAGCAGUGUUACCAGAUGUGCUGCAGUGCAAAGGAUCCUUGUUCAUGUGCAAGCAAAAUGUUACCAGGAACAUAACAUCUGUGCUGCAGCAAAAAGCAAUAUUGAUGCUUUAGUGAACAUGAUUGAUUUUAACAAGACCCACUUGAAUGGGGCAUACUUGGAAUAUGUGAAGUUCCUGUUUGACUGUGGUAAUGACAUUACUGUUGCCAUAAGAAUUCACCUAUAAUCUCAACUUGGUUCAUCUUUCAGCAUUUUGAGGCAAUUAUUACAAGAUUAUUGUACCAUAAUGGAGAAAACAACACCAUCUAUUUCUGAAGGACAUGUUCUACUAGAUGACAAUAGUACUGAAGGUGACAAUUGAAAAUGAGGAAACUGAGGAACCUAGAACUGGGUUUGUUUAAUAUGUGAAAUAUAGUAAUUGGGUGAGUGCUUUUGACUUGUUUACCUUGAAUGUCUGGUGUUAAUGAAUUUGAAGUCAUUAUCACCUGCAUGAUCAAAACUCCUUUAGUAUUUGAUGCUUGCUUCAUGUCACUAAUUUCCUUGGAUAUAGUUACUUGUGUACUAUCAUCAUGUGCCUCAGUUCUGAUUGAAUCUGUAAUUACUGCAUUAUAAGGACUAGAAAAGAUGUUGCACAAAUGUUUCCUUAUACAGCUUUAGUCUAUUAAACUUGUAAACCAAUAUCUUGUAUUUUUGGUUGAAUUCCUUUGCAGUGGUUCAAUUGGGAUUUUAGGAGUACAUGCAGUAAACCCUAUUCCAACAAAAGUCUAAGAUGAGCAUUUAAACUUUAGAAAGCCAUGCAGCUGGCAAAUGUGGGUUACUUUCAGUUGUCAAAAUGUUCAGGCUGCAACUGUG